AUGAAACCUCACCAAACAAUUCCUUUUUUUAGAACAUUGCGUGUUCAGUGUUACUGCUCUCUCCAGCAGCGUCAUCUUCCUUUACUUGAUAAGAGAGCUACUUGUUGGACAAAACUGAAUACUUUUCAGCACAGCUGGGAUUUGUGGAAUACAGUUGCCCCUAUUGUAGCAUUUAAUAACUGGCCAAGGAGAUAUCACCAGACCUCAGGAACACUCUGGAACCUUGAAGCACUGCAAACGUAUUUACAGACUUUAAGCCAAGAAUACCAAAGAAUGGAGAAAUUGCUCCGUGAUAGCUCAGUAAAAGAACACAGAAGAAGAGCUCUGAGCAAGAGACAUGCUGAACUGUUCCCGCUUGCUGUGACAUUUAAAGAAAUUCAAGAGGCAGAAAAAGAACUUCAAGAUUUGGAGAUACUUUGUUCAAGUAAGUUAUGCAGGUGUUUUGCUUAGCUCACCUCCCCCUGCCAUCUUCAAGACCUUUUGCUUAAAUUUCAUCUAAUAGAGCAAUUGUACCCUGACAUCCACCAACUCUCUGUAGCUUUCUCCUCACCUGUUGGCUUUACAAGCCAUUCCAAGUCUCUCCCACUUUUUUCUCAAAUUCAUGGGUUCAUUAAAAGCAGUGUGCUUGGACCAGCAGCUAUUUGCAGGAUUCACUGAGGAGGUACUGCAGGAAGUACUUCUUUAAGUGUGUUUACAGAGAUCUCUCAGUAAGGAUCCCCUACAGCAGGCAUGUCCAACACAUCGAUUGCGAUCGACCAGUCAGUCGCUGGAUUGAGAGAGAGAAGCCUGGCGUGCUCUGACUGGCUCCUCAGAGAGAGAAAGGGCUGGUUUAGGGAGAGAGAGGGAAGCAGGGAAGAAGAAUCAUGGAGCAAGGAAGGAAGCAACUCGGAAGGGAAAGAGUUACCGACUGGCUCAUCAGAUCUGUGUAAACUAAUAAAAAAUAUAGUUUGACUUUUCUCACUUGUUUAGUUACUUGUCCAUCUAGUAACUAUUUGGAUCUGUCAUGAUGAUAUCCAAACAUAACUAUGGUACAGUGGUAUCUCGGUUUUCGAACAGCUUAGUUCCCGAACAACUUGGAACCCGAAUGCUGCAAACCCAGAAGUAGGUUGUAGAGCAGUGGUGGUGGCUUGAGGUUUGUUCAUCUCCUUCCUGCUGCCACUACCUGCCCUGCUCAUUGAGACCAAAAAGUCUGGAUGCUAUCCUAAAGUUCGAAGAGCCACAUGAAGAUACAUAGCUUGCCCAGAAAAGCUGCUGUCCCUUUCCCCAGCAAACAGUGAUAAAAUAUUUGACUAGGGCAAUAAUAUUGUCUGCUUUCACCACCAUCUUUUAUGAGGAAGGAAAGAGCCUAUUGUUUUCAUUUAGUUCCUCCUCUCCUGUUGACCUACACACCCCUUCAAUUUCAUUUUUAGCAAAAGCCAAAACCCCUGCUUUCUUACGAUUCUGAUAUUACCGUAUUUUUCACUCCAUAGGGCGCACCUAGUUUUCAGAGGGGGAAAUCAAGGAAAAAUAUAUGACCCCCCCCCCCCAGCUCUGGGAGCAGCAGACAGGCUGCAGGCAGCCUGUGCGCUUCUCCCAGACCUUAUUCCUGCUUUUGUGGGAGGUGGGGGAAUUCCCCCACCUCCCGCAAAAGCCCAGUUUGGGGAGAAGGGGACAGAAGCGUGCAGCCUGUAUGCUUCUCCCAGACCUUCUCCCUGCUUUUGCGGGAGGUGGGGGAAUUCCUCCACCUCACGCAGAAGCUGUGCGCUCUUUAAAGGGGCUGCGCGGCUUCUCCUGGCUUUUCUGGAGAAGCACCGGCACCAGAGGUGAAAGAAUGUCCCUUCAGCCUCCUUACAUUUCCAACAUUUAUUAUCAGACAGAUGAUAUAUCUUAGCAAGCUUGACUGGGGUCAUGUACCACCUGUAUAUCAUUUUCAUAAUAUUCUCUUUCAAGGCAUUACAUGCCGUGAAUUUCAUACCAGUGGUCCAUAACCUUUCCCAGUCUUCAAACAUAAUGUUGUACCCAAUGUCCUGAGCCCAUUUUAUCAUGGCUGAUUUGACUGUCUCAUCCUGAGUGUUCCAUUUAAGCAGCAAGGUAUACAUUCUCGAAAGUACCUUGGUUUUUGGUUCCAACAAUUCUGUCUCUAGUUUCGAUUUUUCCACCUGGAAGCCUGUUCUUUUGUCCAACUUAAAAACCUCUUGAAUUUGAGCAUAGUGAAGCCAAUUUUGCACCUUAUUCUUUAAUUUUUCAUAACUCUGCAGCCUCCAAGUUUCUCCUACUUUUUCUAUAAUUUCCCCAUAUUUCGGCCAACCAACCUCCAUAUUAGGUUUUUUCCGGUGAGAGCCACCUCGGAGUCUUACCUUCUAAUAAGUCCUUGUAUUUUGUCCAGACCAUAAAUAUUGAUUUUCUAACAAUAUGAUUUUUGAACAUUUUAUGAACCUUUACCUUGUCGUACCACAAAUAUGCAUGCCAACCAAAAGCGUUAUCGAACCCUUCCAGAUCUAGGACAUCAGUGUUCUCAAGAAGUAACCAAUCUUUCAUCCAGCAGAAGGCCGCAGCUUCAUAAUAUAAUCUCAGGUCCGGCAGGGCAAACCCCUCUUUCUUUCGAAUCAGUUAGUAUUUUAAACUUUAUCCGGGGCUUUUUGCCCUGCCAAACAAACUUGGAUAUAUCCUUCUGCCACUUUCCAAAACAUUCCACUCUGUCCACAAUCUGUAGGGUUUGGAACAAAAAUAACAUUUUCGGCAAUACAUUCAUUUUUAUAGCUGCAAUUCGACCUAACAAGGAAAGUUUCAAUCUUGACCAGAUUUCCAAAUCUUUUUGAUUUCCAGCCAACAUUUUUCAUAGUUGUCUUUAAAUAAAUUUAAAUUUUUCGCUGACAGGUGAACCCCUAGGUAUUUCACUUUUUUUUUACCACACUUAGUUCUGUUUCCUUCUGAAACCCAACUAUUUCUGAAGGUGUCAAGUUUUUCCCCAAAACAUUUUUUUUGCUUAUUCAACUUAAAUCCCGCCACCCGACCAAAUUCAUGAAUCAGUUCUAAUACUCUUUUUGUACUAGAUUCUGGCUCCUGUAAUGUUAAAACCAAAUCAUCUGCAAAACUCCUGGCUUUUCUUUUCUUUUUUAAUAAUUUUUAUUAACUGGCCAAUCAAAUCAAAUCCCAUCACAUAAAUUCCGAAUUACAAAGCCGAAUUUUAAAUUUUGUUGAGGGGACCCAUAUUUCAAGAUCCGAAGGGGGAUUCUGAUCAUCUUCUUGCUGGAUUAAUGUCCAAAUCAGUCCAAACAAAGUUCAUAAUUCUAUCCAGUCUUAUCUUGCUGUUUCCACAUCACAUCUUGUUCAUAUAUUUUCUCUUUUUUCUUUAUGAUCUCUUCUGAUAGUCUCCUUAAGCCGAUAAACACCAAUAAUAAUCCUGUGUGAAUUUUUCCGUUCUUCCAAUCCUCAAAUCGAGAUGGUUUCCAUAUAUCAUCGCCUUCAUAGAUAACAUCGCUCUUUCCAUCAUUAAUUACAGAACUGUCGUUCUUAAGUCCCUCUGAGGAGUUUCACCCACAAUAUAAAAACAGCUCUAUUUCUCUAUUUCUCCUCCCAGACUUAAGUCCUCCAACAGAACUUCCCAAUAUGGCGACGGUAUUUUUAACUGCGUCAUUCCAAAGCCCUUAUACAUUCCACGCUCUUCUUAAAACAUGCUUUGGUUCAAAAGUUUAUCUCCACACAGCCUUAAAUCCACAGCUUAAGUCCUUAAAACGACAUUUCUGACUUGUGAGGGGGGGGGAUUCUUGUUUAAUCACAUAAAGGAAAGAAAGGAAAGUUUCCCCCCCCCUCCCCCAUCAGUCCCUUUGCCAUACUGAGUCUUGGCGUAUCUUCUCAUGAUUUAUACUUGUUCCUCCGACUCGUCUUGUUUUAUCAGAGAUCUCUUCUGUUAGCAGUCUUUACUCCCCCUCCUUCCUUGAAAUAUGUGCAUUCGCUUCAUCCAAAUUGUUUCUUUUGAAGUUCUUGCAGCUAGUGGCGCGGAUCAGAGACGGCGUCCAGGAGCGCCGAAAUCCCACAGGAGGGCAUUGUGCCUAGUGCCCCCAUCCCCACAAAUUCGGGGGUGGUAUAGGGCACAGCAGGCAAGGGCAGCCCCCCCACACAAUCCUGGGGGGGGGGUAGGGAGGCUAUUUACUCCCAUCACAGCCUCCAAAUUACCUCAUGUGGGUCGGAGAGAUGUUAUUGUCAGCCAUCUUCUGAUGCGCCCCUAGUGGCCCCCUCUCCUGGCUUUUCUGGGAGGUGGGGGAAUUCCCUCACCUCUCGCAAAAGCCCGCAGAAGCUGCACACUCUUUAAAGGGUGCGUGGCUCCUGUGGGCUUUUCUACGAGGUGGGAGAAGGGACUGAUACAGCCAGUCAGUCCCUUCUCCCUCCUGGGGAAAAGCCCGCAAGAGCACACGGAGCUUGUGUGCGGCUCUUGGGGGCUUUUCCCACCUGCUUCCCCCCUGCAUUCGCUCCAUAGGAUGCACACACAUUUUCCCUUGCUUUUUAGGAGGGAAAAAGUGCAUCCUAUAGAGCGAAAAAUACGGUACAUAAUUCCAUUUCAAGGUUUUCCCCAUGUCCUUCAUGGCACACUGCCUCAAAUGUCUUUAGAUGAGCAUGGAUGCAAAUUUGCCAUCUAAGUCCAGGCUGGACCUUGAUGGAAGAAUGUAGUACAUGUCUACAGGAACUAUGUCCAGAUGGUUCGCAGAACAACAAAGGACAAAAGUGAAAUAAAAUUAAAUGAGGCAGAUGCACCCAAACUGUUUGUUUUAACAAGAUUACUGAAUGUUUACUUCUUCAACCACUUAUCCCUAGAGCUAAACAGCCCAGAAGAGAAACCGCUACUAGAACUUGCUCUAGAGGAAAAGGAGAUUAUUGACCAGAAGAUCAGCGCUCUGUGUCGAAAGGUGAGCAGGGGACCAUGGAUGGAUUUCCUGAUCUAGCAAUCAGUUUGAAUGGUGAUACGUAUGGAGAAUAGUGUGCACUAGACUCUUGUGUAGGAAAAACAAGGUUGUAUCUUCCCAUUUAUCUCUCAAUGUGGCCAGCGGCCUGGAGUUUUUCUCUAGGGAAAAGCGGUGCUGAAACUGUCCCCGCCCCCCACAAGCCCUUCCAUAGCGGGCUGCUGCUGCUGUGCUCACAAGGAUCCAUUUCCGAUUGUGCAGGUGCUGGGCUUAACUAUGGGAGGGAGAGGUGGGGAGGGGGAGGGGGCAGCUAUGGCCUGGGCUGGGGCUGGAGCCAUCCAGCCUCUGAGGGGGCAGAAAAAGAAGGGGAGACAGGUUCUCUGUAGGAUACAGAGAGGUGUUGGCCUCUCACACUGGAUACUCUUCAGAAUCAGAAGCAAAAAGCAUUUGAAUCUGCAGUGUGGAACUGUGGUGGGCUGUGUUCUGAAUAUUUUCACAAAGCUUCCUAGUUUGUGAGAAACUAUACCUACACAUGAACUUCUGAUUCACAUUAUGAUACUGUGAAUGAAAAAGUAGGUUAUGUGUUUCUGUACAUAAAACAUUAGCGUGAACUUGCUCCUGAAUAUCAACCCCACCCACACAAAAAAUGUGUGUUUUGUCUUUGCUUUCUAACUAUUAUAAGCAUUGAUAAUAUUUUCCACUUUGUACUUGUGAAUUAAAAACCUAUUUUAUUUUUCAGAUUUUCCAGAUCUUGAUACCAAGAGAAAAAUAUGAUGACAGUGGUGUAUUGUUAGAAGUAACAUCUGGCAGGACAACUGGAGGUCAGCAAAGUCGCCACAUAAAAACCACCCUCCUCCUAGUUAUGGGGCUUUCUGUUUUUGUCAGUUGUUUUGUGUUAGAAAUUAGAUAUUGAUUUAACGAAGCUAAAUUAUUAGUGGUGGUGGUGAUGAUCCACGGUCAGAGGCAGUGCUUCAGAAUACCUGUUGCUGGAAAUGACAGGAGGGGAGAGGGCUGCUCCUGGGCUCCCGUCCUGCUUGCAGGUUUCCCACAAGUUGGCCCCUGUGAGACCAGGGAGCUGAGCUAGGUGGCCCUGAGCCUGCUCAUCUCCUUACGGUGACAGCAUUCUGCACAGCACUGCUCAUAUUGACAUUUCAGUAGCAUUCAGAGAAAACUCUUGCAUUUCAGGUGACAUUUGUCAGCAAUUUACCAAAGAGGUAUUUGACAUGUACCGGAAUUACGCUGAUUACAAAUGCUGGACCUUUGAGACUGUGAACUACACUCCAGCGGAUUACGGUAUGGCUGUAGCCUGUUAUACUAGUCGCAUAGAUAACUUAAAAGAUUGCCUUCACCCCUUUCCCCAACCUGUAAUGUGUAUUUAAAGGUGGGCUACACCAUGCUGCUGCUCGUAUUUUGGGAGACGACGUCUACAGGCAUUUGAAAUAUGAAGGAGGGACUCACAGAGUGCAGCGAAUCCCUGAAACAGGAUUAUCUUCCAGAAUGCAGCGGAUCCAUACUGGCACCAUGUCAGUGAUUGUCCUCCCUCAGCCAGAUGAGGUAUUCAUUUCAGUCGGUGUCUCUUGCUGUGUAACUCCAUAAAUGCUAGUUUCUAAGUAGAAUGUUUGUUAACUUGACCACAACACCACCUUACGUGAUCUUCCGGGGGAAUAGCCGUGCCCAUAACUGCCUCAUGAGAUGGGCCUGUUGUGCAUGUGUCUGUCUUUUUAGUAGGUUUCUGGUGCUACUUCAACUCUGCACAGGGAAGAAAAGCUGAGCUCUGGGCAAGCUGCAUCCCACCAGUCUCCAUGGGCCAGGCCAGCUUGCUUUACUCCCAUUUCUCUUAGGCACAAGGGAUAAACAGAGGGGUGUGGGGUACUGCAGCUCCCAUUGUCCCUGGCCACUGGCCGCACUGGUUGAACUGGAGUUAGGAGCGAGCAGUGAGGUGACCAAGUUUGCUGAUGAUACGAAAUUGUUCAGGGCAGUUAAUUCAAAAAGAGAUUGAAAAGAGCUCCCAAAGGCCCACCUGUUAAUCAAGUGGCAUCCCGAAGCCAGGACUGCAAAGCACCAUGCAGGCAGGACCAUGCUGUUAAAAAUGGUUUUUAUCUCCGUUUUAGCCGUGCAUUUGGGAAUCCAGCCCAAUUGAACAAGUUCAGUUCCUGCAGGAAAUUCCCCUUAGCUGAUGUGGGAGGAGGUCCGUGCUGCCUAGGGCUGAGCACUGUGGGGCUGCUUCAAAGAGCAGCACAGAGUGCGCUACGACUCCUCUCUCCAGGUGCUACUUUGAAAGCACUCUCAGCCAAGGCUAGCAUCCCCUUUCCCAAACAUUAGGGAGGGUGACCCAGAAGUCAAAGCUUCGCCAUGGACCUCCAUGCUUGUGGGGUGGAGGAGAGGCGCUGCUUGCUUUGACAGUGUGUGCUGUCCCCAGAAAGGAACAGGGACGUGCGGCUAAGCUGAGUUCUGCAACUGCUCUGUGUGGCUUCUCCCAACUUCCCAUUUUGGAGGCUGAUAGGGUCGGGGGGCGGCUGCAUUAAAGAGCAGCACUGGUGAGUGGGGGGUAGUCUCCUACCUUCUCCAGCAAAGGAAAAUGGUGCACUCAAGCCUUGCUCCAUUGAAGGAACAAAAUUGGCCAAUCCCUUUAAGCUCCUUAAAGGGUGGAUGGGCAUGGCUUCCUCCAGACGGCCUGGCAGGCAAAAUGGAGAGGUCUGGCCAGCCAGGUUUAACUCACAAGCCACAGCUUCCCCUCCCUGAUGAAGAAGAUACUUCUCCUCAACCAAACAUAACCAUACCAAACAAAAACAAAAAAAGGGAUUUUUUAAAAAAUGCAUGCAGCCCCAGCAUGGCUUCUUUGGCAGUUCUUCUGAUUCUCUGAAUAGGGUGAAGGGAAAAAAACACACACUUUCCCCAUAAAAUUCCGUGUAAGAUAGUAAAAUGUUCUCUCUCUCUCUCUCUCUCUCUCUCAAGGUGACAGUUAAAAUAGAUCCAAGAGAUUUGCGUAUAGAUACAUUUCGAGCCAAAGGAGCAGGAGGUCAGCAUGUCAAUACAACAGACAGUGCUGUUAGAAUUGUACACAUUCCCACAGGUAACCCUUGUAUAGUUUGUUUUAUCUUUGCUCCCCUUUUCACAGAAACAUGCACAUCAAAUAUAUAGGAACCAGUAUUCAAUUUGUGAUACGCAGGCUGUCUUCUGUGGCUAUGCUAAAAAAGAGGACUGAUGCAGAUUCCUGGGGGACAGUGCUCCUUAGAGGAGUGGAUGGGGCAACCAGCCAGAUGGGCAGGGUACAAAUAAAAUCAUCAUCACCACCAUCUAUUUAUAAUCUAUUUGUAUUCGCUGCUUCCUGUUCUUUAACCAGUUACAGAUCCAUAAGAGGGCCUGUUCCUUUAUCCUGUGACUGCUAAGUUUUUUUGCUGAGGGAGGGACUGUAUCAAAAGCUUUUUUGAAAAUCUCCUUAUACAAUGUCUGAAGGAUCAUCCCUGUCCUUGUUGCCGCUGCCCGAGCCUCUCUUGCCCAGGUACAGUUGGGGGCGCACUUUAAGGCGGUGCACCGCCAGCCGCAUCUCCACCUGCCCUUGCAUGAUGUCACAUACGACAUCUGGUGUGCUGUGGUUUGGGGGGAACAACCUCAUAGGCCAAAGUGGAACACCUCCAGGGCCCAGAACAAGCUGCCAACUGGAGAUUCUUCAACACUAUUUCCCUCCUUUCCUCAGACUCUCUUCCUGAGAAAAUUGACCAAGGCAUAAGGAUCUGUCUAGAUGUAUUGUUUGUUAUAAUGUAAAUAUAUAGUAAAUUACAAGAAAGGAGAUUCUGACUAAACAUCAGGAAGAACUUUCUGACAGUAAGAGCUGUUUGACAGUGGAACAGUCUCCCUCGGGAGGUGGUGGACUCUCCUUCCUCGGAGGUUUUUAAGUGGAUGUCAGAUGGCCAUCUGUCAUGGAUGCUUUAGCUGGGAUUCCUGCAUUGCAGGGGGUUAGACUAGAAGGGAUUGGGUCCCGUCCAACUCUACAAUUCUGUGAUUCUUUGAUUCUGUUUUUCUGGAAAUAAUUUUUCAUGGAUAAUAUUUUUUGUGAUUAUGCCAGAAAAAUAGUUUUAAAAUACAUAAAAUAAGAAGUUUAUAGAUGGGAACUUAAACUUCAUAGCGUCUGUGUACAUUUUUGUUUCUUGGAGCACAGGAUUUUCCAUUUUACCAAAUGGGAGCAGUAGCCCUUCCUGGUCAGCUUAGCAUGAAUAAUUUGCAAGACAUGGUCACUUAUUUCCAAAACUUAUGCAGGCAGGGAUUAUCUGAUGAAAGCUUUCUAAAAAUUCUGAAGGGUUAACCACUGAGUGCCAAGAAGAGCGAUCUCAGCAAGUGAAUAGAGAAACUGCUCUGCGGACCUUGAGAGACAAGCUGUACCAGCAGACCAUAGAGAGAGAGCUGAGGCAGAGGCAGAGCGCCAGGAAACUGCAGGUGAGAAGAUGGGCCACUGCUUCCCUUAGGUGCUCCCUGUGUGGAAAGGGGGGGGGGAGCUCUGCAAUUGGCCUCACUCCGUAAGCAGGGGGUUUGUAGGCAGGAGGUUUUGGAUUCAGCCUCUGACAUUACCACAAAGCAGGUCUGAAGCUCGUCAGUGUUUAGUAAUGGGUGACAAUCACAUUUAAAUAAAAAUCCAGGAUACCUGAAUUGAUUUCUGUGGGACAGCAUUCACUUCACCAGGAAAGGUUGGCAUGCAAUAUGUGAGCAAACCAGUAAUCUAGGCAAUGGGUGCCCCCCCCCCCGCAGCCUUCUUUUUGGGGGUCUAAUACCUGGAUUUCUCUCCCUGAGUUUCAGUCAUUGCUAUGACUUCAUACAUUGACUGAAGGCAGGACCAAAUUAGUUUCUCACAAAACACAUGAGAUAUCUGCAUAUUUUGCCUUAUGGCUUUGGUUCUACAAGUGCUAGAAAGUUUUAUUUAAAAUAAUGAAAACCAAGGAUUGGGGGGAUUAUGGCCUGGGGAGGGUGGCUCCCUCUUGCUGCAGAUGCCCAAGGAUCAAGACCUUUGAGCGACUUUGAAUGCAUUUUGCACUUGUAUAAUUGCAAUAAUUACAACUCGUCUCAUAAGGUUAUUAUAACAAAUUAUCUAUUAUAAAGCACCUAGAUUGAAAACAGUAAAGCUACAAUGCAAAAGUAAAUUAGAUUUUAAGACCUGCAUUCUUAAUUGACAUUUUGCAUACAAAAUAAGUACUAUAUUUUAAUAGGCUUUAUAGGUUAUUUUAUGGCUUUUAUUGUAAUGUAUUGUUCUUUUUCUGAUUUUAUGUUGUGCUUGGAGUCUCCUUUUGUAGCAAGUGACUAAUAAAUUGAAUUAAACAUAAUAAAUUCUCAAGUGUUGAAAAAUGUGUAGACAUUGACCAAUAAUAAUAAAUGCCGAGCUAUUGAGACUAUAGCAAAAAUGUUUUAAUUAUUACAUUUUUUAAAUUGUGAAACAAAACAAAAUGUUCUUUUGCAGUUGGGGACAAGAGCCCAGUCAGAGAGAAUUCGCACAUAUAACUUCCACCAAGACCGAGUCACUGACCACAGGGUUACCUAUGAAAUCCGUGACAUCAAGGUAUUUGUCUCUUAAAGGGUUCUCCUAUGUUGGCCUGGAGCCUCCAUCUUCUCCAGUAAUGCAAGACCCUGCAGCAGUGCAUGGAAACCCUGUUGCCCGAUACUCUUUUCACUGGGACUUUGCAUGUUGCACCAUUCAGCUUCAGCUCUUCCCCUUUACAGUGGCACUCAGAAGAGGCUGUGCAACAGUCCGUUGUGGGGGGGGGGGGCGCUUCUGUUCGUGGCUCCAGCCAUUGCAUUCCUUCAUGGGGAGGUGGUGGAUGCCCCUUCCUUGGAGGUUUUUAAUUCCCCCCCCCCCAAAUAAUAUUUAUUAUUUUCAGUAGAUAAACAUAGUAAAAAAAGAAAAGAUUAACAAUAAUAAAAACAAACAAAAAAUAGGAGAAAAAUAUAAAAAUGAAAAAAGAUACAUACAACAUAUUACCACUUAAUUAAUUAAAAUUAAGUCUCAUCCAUCUUCAUAAACAUAGUGUUUGACUUCCUCGAAUCUCUUCCAUCUGAAUUUCUUAGUAAUUAUAUGUAGCAGUUUCCAACAUCAGAAUUUCAAAAAACCAUAUCACAGUCCUAAUCAUAUUACAUAGCUUUCCUUAUCAUACAUUUUCUUAUUUAUAAAUUUAAUUCCAUUUUAAUCCUAGGCCUAAUUGUUUCUUUCAAGUGGUUACAUAUCUUUAAUAUUACAAUACUUAUUCAAAUAGUCUUUAAAUUUCUUCCAGUCUUCUUGGUGUUCCUCUUCUUUCUGAUCAUGGAUUCUCCCGGUGAGGUCAGCCAGCUCCAUAAACUCCAUCAUCUUCAUCUGCCAUUCUUGUACCGUUGGUAUUUCUUGUGUUUUCCAUUUUUUGGCUAAUAAAAUCCGUGCAGCAGUUGUGGCAUACAAAAAUAAUUUUACAUCUUUUUUGGGCAGUUCAGAACCUGUUAUUCCAAGGACAAAGGCUUCUGGUUUCUUCAUAAAUGUAUAUUUCAUCAUUUUUUUAAAAUUCAUUAUAAAUUUUUUCCCAGAAGUCUUUUACCUUGGAGCAAGUCCACCACAUAUGAUAGAAAGUACCUUCCUUUUCUUUACAUUUCCAGAAUAAAUUAUCACAAUUGUGGUAGAUCUUCACCAGUUUAACAGGGGUUAAGUACCAUUUAUACAUCAUUUUCAUAAUAUUUUCCUUUAACAUUGUACAUGCAGUAAACUUAACCCCUUUCUUCCAAAGUCUCUCCCAGUCCUCCAUCAUUAUAUUAUGUCCCACAUCUUGUGCCCAAUCAAUCAUAACCGAUUUUACUUGCUCAUCUUUUGUAUGCUACUCCAAUAACAAACUAUACAUUUUAGACAAAUUUUUAACAUUAGUAUCUAACAACUCUGUUUCCAGUUUGGUUUUUUCAAUUGCAAAACCUUUUUUCUUAUCAAUCUUAAAUAAUUCAUUAAUUUGGUAAUAUUGAAGCCAAUUUACUUUGUCUUUGAUUUGUUCAAAUGAUUUUAACUUAAAUCCCUCCACGUCUUCAACCAAUAAAUCUUUGAGUAUCUCAACCAUUUAUAUUAAGCUUUUUUUGUGCCUGCACUUCCAUUGGUGAAAUCCAUUUGGGUGUUUUUCUUACCAAAAGAUCCUGAUAUCUAGACCAAACAUUUAAAAGUGCUUUCCUAAUUAUAUGAUUCUUAAAGCCACUAUGGGCCUUUAUUUUGUCAUACCAAAGAUAUGCAUGCCAGCCAAACCUAUUAUCCAAUCCUCCUAGGUCCAAAAUGUCCUUAUUUUCUAAAUUGAUCCAAUCUUUAAUCCAGCAGAAGGCCGCAGCCUCAAAAUAUAUCUUUAAAUCAGGUAGGGAAAAGCCUCCUCUUUCUUUCGAAUCUGUAAGUAAUUUAUACUUAAUUCUCGUUUUUUUCCCUUGCCAGGUAAAUUUGGAUAGGGCCUUCUGCCAUUCUUUAAAGCAUUUGGCAUUAUCAAUAAUAGGUAAAGUUUGAAAUACAGUGGUGCCUCGCAAGACGAAAUUAAUCCGUUCCGCAAGAGUCUUCGUCUAGCGGUUUUUUCGUCUUGCGAAGCAAGCCCAUUGACGGAUUAGCGCUAUUAGCGCUAUCAGCUGUUUAGCGGCUAUUAAAGGCUUAAAGGCUUAGGGGAUUAGCUGCUAAAAGGCUAUUAAAGGCUAUUAAAGGCUUAGCAGAUUAGAUUAAGGGGGGGAAAAGCGAAAAAAAAAUCUCAAGACUCGCAAGACAUUUUCGUCUUGCGAAGCAAGCCCAUAGGGGAAUUCGUCCUGCGAAGCAACUUCAAAACGGAAAACCCUUUCGUCUAGCGGUUUUUCCGUCUUGCGAGGCAUUCGUCUUGCGGGGCACCACUGUAGAAACAGCAUUUUCGGCAAUACAUUCAUCUUAACCACCGAUAUUCGUCCCAUAAGUGAAAAUUUUAAGUUUGAUCAAAUCUCUAAAUCUCUUUUUAUUUCAUUCCAUACUUUCUCAUAAUUAUCUUUAUACAAAUUCAAAUUCUUAGCUGUUAAAUUCAUACCCAAGUAUUUAAAUGCUAGGCCUGUUUUUUCUAUAAGGGUUUUUCUUUCAUCUUUAUCUAAGUUUUUAUCGAUUACCGUAUUUUUCGCCCCAUAGGGCGCACCGGCCCAUAGGAUGCACCUAGUUUUUUGGGGGGAAAUUUUUUCCCCCUUUAUUUCCCCCCCAAAACCAGGUCGGGGAAUCCAAACCAGGUCGGGGAACAGCGGGAUAGUGGCGCUGCACCUCCCCGCUGUCCCCCGAGCUUGUGGGGCUGCCCGAUAUCUGCACGAAGCCCGGGGCACGCUGUGCAGCACGCCCCAGACUUCGGGAUGCAGGCUGCUAUCCGCAAGCCUUGGGAGCCCGACGGGAACUCCCGCGGAGCUCCCAAGGCUUGCGGAGAGCUUCCUGAAGCCUGGAGAGUGAGAGGGGUCGGUGCGCACCGACCCCUCUCGCUCUCCAGGCUUCAGCGAAAGCCUGCAUUCGCCCCAUAGGAUGCACACACAUUUCCCCUUCAUUUUUGGAGGGGAAAAAGUGCGUCCUAUAGGGCGAAAAAUACGGUACUUUGGUUUUCUUCUUGUUUAAUUUAAAACCAGCCAGCUGCCCAUACUCCUGUAUCAUCUCCAGUGCUUUUACUGCACUGGUCUCUGGAUCCUGUAAAGUUAGAACCAAAUCAUCAGCAAAGGCUUUUAGUUUAUAUUGUUUCAAACCCACUACGAUCCCCUUGACUUUCUCUUCUUUUCUCAAACUGUUCAGCAAGACCUCCAGGACCGCAAUAAAUAAUAGAGGGGAAAGUGGGCACCCUUGCCUGAUUCCUUUCUCAAUUUUAAUUUCUUCCGAUACCAUUCCUUGGAGGUUUUUAAGCAGAGCUGGGAUGGCCCCCGGUCAGGGGGCUGGACUAGAGGACCCUGGGACCCCUUCCAACUCCACUGUUCUAUGAUGCUGCAAUUCCAUGCCUGCUGAGCAUGCUUUGUCUUCAGGGGCCUGUGGCUUUGGCUUUGGCUUUUCUUCAUUUGGGGAUCUUUGGAGUAUGUGUCUUAUGCCUAAAAUCUUUUGUUUAUUCUAUUGAUGUUUGUGGACAGCUGUCUCUUCUGUCCCUGGGUACAUUUUAAAACAGCUUUAAAAUAGUGAGCCAGGAAAUGAAUUAUACAGACAAUGAGAUGCUUAUUUCUAUCUUUUUAUAUCUGUGUUCUUCUUCCUUCCUCCUCUUCCUGCUGCUCCAUCCCAUUCUCCCUCACACUCAGUUGCCAGCUUUUUCUCUUCUCUUUCAGCCAGUGUCCCAUGCCACCCAAGUCCUUACAGAGCGGUUUUUGUGGUUUCCUCUCAGGGAUUUUUUCACAAAAAUUUUCAGAAUCUGCAGAUUUCAGGUUCUCAUAAAUCUGUUGGUAACUUCUCUCAUGUAUGUUAGUGGUGCCAUUUUUGGCUACAGCUUUGUAGGCAAAGGAGAACUUGAAUCUGACAUAGAAGGGGUGUUAUAAUUAAUGUGGCCGAAAGCAACUUCACAAGUAGACCAUGAACAUUAUACAUGUCCAUAUGCUGCUUACUGAUGUAAUCCAAACUCAUGUUGAUCCUUUCAGUCCACAGUAACGUGUUUUAUUUCCCCCCAUCUUUUAAUAGGAAUUCUUAAGUGGGAAGAAGCUCCUGGAUGAACUAAUCAGCAAACUCUUAGAGGCUGCAGAGAUGGAAUCUCUGAUGGAACAUUUGGAAAACAAUUUAAAAUCUCUGCAAGCAGACUCCUGA